GUCAAUCCCUUUUCCGAUACGGGGGAGGGGGGUGGGGGCGUUAUCUAAAUUUUUAGUUCCACAAAAUAUCCAGCCAACUGAAGUCACAUAGAUAAAUUGACACGACGACACUAUUACACGACCGCAACGUAUACAUACAAAGACUUCACAUACACGGCACUUGACAUACAGAAUCGAACGGGCAUAUGGUACAGCAGGGCCUCGAUUCGACGAACUGCUGCAGAGCGCAGAGUGAGGGCGGCGAUGCUCCACCGUCGUUCAGUGCGGGUCAGGAUGGGGAGCCGGAUUUGUGUGCCUUUUGCCUGGAUCGCAUACAGAUUCCGGAGAAGCUGCACUGCAACCACGCGUUCUGCAAAAGCUGCUUAUCACUGUACAGGGAAGCCCGCAACUGGGUGGCCAAGCGCUGCCCCAUCUGCCGGCGCCGCCUGGACAUGGACGACCAGGUGCCCAGGCGGUUGCACGACGACUGGCGUCUUUUUGGUUUUAUGAUGCUACCGCUGAUGCUGCUCAGUUUGGGCCCUUUUUAUUUGCUGUUGCUCUACUGGUGAACUGCUCAACUGCUAAACUGGUUUACGUAAGCCAAUGUAUAUUUGUAAUUGUACUAACAGAGAUGUAUGCAAACUUGUCCGUGGAUUUUAAUUAAACGCAAAUGCCACAAAAUGCCA